AUGGCUCAGCCACCCGACCGUCCUGUUUCAGGCCCGGGUCGCUUGGAAUAUCCCAAGCAUAUCCCUGAUCCGGAUGGCCUCGCCAUCAUUCCCCCGUUACUGAGCGUCGCGCCCGCCAUCUUUCGCCCCAUAAGCAAAGAUGAAACCUUGUGCGACAUCACGUCAACGACCAAACUUGAUCUUUUGCAAGCAGAGCUCGAAGGUCUCGAUGCCCACGCCAUCAGCACCAACGAAAACUUCCUCGCGCUGUGCAUGCGCGAGCACGAGCGCAUUCUUCAAGAUGGACGGCGAUAUGAAGCCCUCGACAAGAUAGAGGGUACAACUGCACCAGACAUCCCACGCGGCGUUGAGCCCGAACAUUUGAGCAACAUGAUCGCAAACAUGGAAGCCAAGCUACCGCAGGAUUCCCACCAUGACACACCAUCAAAUCCCCAGUCAGAAAGGCAAAAUCGAUCGUUGCGCGAGUUCCAGGCCAACACUAUGAUGGAUUUCGUGGCGCGGUCUGCCCAAAUGGCGGGAACUCGGGAAGCAGAGUUGGCUGCCCAUCGGGCAAGGAUCGAGGCAGAAAUUAAAAAAGAACAACUUGCACAGGAGCAGGCCCGCAAAGCCAACUAG